AUGGCACCAGUGUUUCCUGCAUUACACAACAACGGUCGCCUACCACACGGGGCGUUCGAUAAGGAAUUACGCACCCGGAUGCAUAAUGAACGCGUGUCCUUUACGGAGAAUCUUCGCGAGUACUGUCUCAACACCACCAUACACGGGCUGAAGUACAUCGGGACGGUUUCAUUGACGCUGUGUGAAAGGGCAUAUUUUUUCCUCACAUUUCUCGUUGUGACCGCAUGCUCGAUUUACUUCAUCUCGAAUGUUUACAUCAAGUGGCAAUCGUCACCGAUCAUUAUCGGGCUGAAUCCGAUUGCGACACACAUCAAAAACAUUCCCUUUCCGGCAGUUACCAUCUGCAACAUGAACCAGGUGCGCCGGGAAGCGGCUGAACGGAUCGAGCAAAACACGCUGGAACAAUCAGUACUGCAAAGCAUCUGUUCCAUCGAUGGUGACUUCAAUGUGACACAGUACGAAGGGAAGUGGACCGCAGUGAAGAAGUUACUGCUGAGUGCAACACAACCUUGCUCCGGUAUGCUAAAAGCCUGUCGGUACGCGAAACAACCGGAAAAAUGUUCCGAAAUCUUUCAAUCCGUCUUCACCGACGAAGGACUCUGCUGUACCUUCAACACACUCGACACGGUGCACAUGUUCCAGAACGCAUCCGCUCCGAACAUCUUCCCAACGGAGGUAAGCAGCGGUAGUGGACGCUUUCGGCCGAUUCUUUGGACACCGGAGCAAGGAUACGCUGACCAUCCGAGUAACACCACCUAUCCGCGCGUUAUUGCCGGUACGGGUGUUACGAUGGGACUGGCUAUGGUACUCGAUGCAAACGUGACCGAUUACUACUGUUCCUCAACCUCAUCGACUGGGUUUAAGAUCAUCUUUCACAGCCCAACGGAAACGCCCAAGAUUACGGACUACGCCCAAUACAUACCGGUUGGAUCGGAGAAUAGGAUCAUCAUCACGCCGAAGAUUAAUGAUGCGGCCGAUCAGAUCCGAAAGGUGGCCCAGGCACAGCGACAGUGUGUUUUUGCUAGUGAAGCUAACCUGUCCUACUACAGCGUUUACUCGCGCAACAACUGUGAGCUGGAGUGUGAAGCGCAGCUAAUACUGGAGAACUGUGGCUGCGUGCUGUACUAUCUGCCGAAGCUGUACGAGGAUACGAAAAUUUGUAGCCGUGCUAAUGCGCGUUGUUACGAGCAGAUACGUAGCUCGAUCGCGUUCACCGCGAACGAUAGCUUGUCGUGCACGUGUUUGCCCGGAUGUUUCGAAAUUAGUUACAUACCGGAUGUAACGACGGCUGAGCUACAGGUGGGCCAGUUUGGAAUACGGGAGAGUUUGCUAGAUGAUGUAAAGGACGAGCAGUACGCGAAGAAGAAUCUGGCAUUGAUCUACGUCUUCGUGAAAGAUACAUACUAUCGCAGCUUUACUAAGGGCGAACUGGUUGGCUUUACGGAUUUCUUAUCAAACGUUGGAGGACUUCUGGGACUAUUUCUGGGCUUUUCCAUUAUUUCGCUCAUUGAGGUAAUCUACUUCGUGACGCUCCGUCCUUACUGUGCAAAGCGAAAGCAGCCUCGCACUAACGUAAAGGACCAUCAUUUGGAGGCUGGCAAACUAAAUGCAGCACGAAAUGAUCUUCUCUGGUUUGGUUCAAAACCUUCCAACGCAACGAUGGUUCAAUUUCUCGGCCAAUCGAAUGACCCCAAUGACUAUCACCUGCAAGCAAGGCCGAAUGCAAUGGUAAAAGCGUAUGCCACUAAGCUUAAAUAUCUUGUUCACUCUCGACUGCAACAGGCUAGCGGAUGGAUGCGCAACACGUUCCGUUCGCGAAGAAAUCGUGACCUGGGAAGAGGUUUCGGACAGGAACGAACCGGCAUCCGGUCAUAUCCGUUCUACGAUUGA